GCCUGUCACUCGCCGCCGCGGCCAGCCGGCAGGGGCCUCGCGGUGAUUGGUUCCGCCCAGGCGCGAAAUGUAACGCGGGAAAAGUCGGGGCAGGGACCGCGGCGGCAGGUUGUUAUUUUCGGUGCUCGGUGCCGCGCGUCCUGCUCUUCUGUCACCGCGGGGCGGCCGCUGGUCGCUGCAGCCUGCGUGGAGAGCAGGGAGCGAGGCGGGCUUGACGGGGCUGGGGGCCGGCCGGGCCGCCGGGGCCGGCCGCCGCGCUGAGGGUUCCGGGACGCGUCCGCCUGCCAUGAGCCGGCGGGACUGAGCGCCGGCCACUCGGAGCAGCGCGGGCGAGCGGAGCGCAGGGCUAGAGCCGGGCGCAGGGGUGCGGCCGCGCCGCCAGAGCUGCGGAUCGAGGCCGGGCGAUGAUCCGGGGCGUGGAGGCGCCGAUGGCGGACACCCCGCCGCAGCCGCCGCCCGUCAUCUUCUGCCACGACUCCCCGAAGCGGGUGCUGGUGUCGGUCAUCAGGACCACCCCGAUCAAGCCCACGUGCGGCGGGGAGCCGGAGCCGCCGCCGCCGCUCGUCCCCACCAGCCCUGGCUUCAGCGACUUCAUGGUGUACCCGUGGCGCUGGGGGGAGAACGCGCACAACGUGACGCUCAGCCCCGGGGCCGCGGGGGGCGCCGCCUCGGCCGCCCUGCCCGCCGCCGCCGAGCACCCGGGACUGCGGGGCCGGGGCGCGCCCCCGCCCUCCGCCUCGGCCGCCGCCUCGGGAGGGGAGGACGAGGAGGAGGCGAGCAGCCCUGACAGCGGCCCCCUCAAGGAUGGAAUCCGACGUGGUAGACCCAGAGCGGAUACUGUCCGGGAUUUAAUAAAUGAAGGCGAGCAUUCGUCCAGCAGAAUCCGUUGUCACAUCUGUAAUAGGGUGUUUCCACGGGAGAAAUCGCUCCAGGCUCACAAAAGGACUCACACGGGUGAGAGACCCUACCUGUGUGACUAUCCUGACUGUGGAAAAGCCUUUGUUCAAAGUGGACAGCUCAAAACGCAUCAGCGUCUUCACACCGGGGAGAAACCUUUCGUUUGUUCAGAAAAUGGCUGCCUAAGCAGAUUCACCCAUGCAAACCGCCACUGUCCGAAGCACCCUUAUGCCAGGCUGAAGCGGGAGGAGCCCACAGACGCUCUCAGUAAGCACCAGGCUGUGGACAACCAGGCUGCUGCUGAGUGGUUGGCAAAGUAUUGGGAAACAAGAGAGCAGCGUACCCCCACCUUGAAAGGAAAGCUCGUUCAGAAGGCGGAUCAGGAGCAGCAGGACCCUCUGGAAUACCUGCAGUCUGAUGAGGAGGACGAUGAGAAGAGCGGUGCCCAGCGCCGUCUGCAGGAGCAGCGGGAGCGCCUGCACGGAGCCCUCGCUCUCAUAGAGCUCGCCAACCUGACGGGGGCGCCACUCCGCCAGUAGCCUGAACACUGACUUCCACUGUACAAAAGUACUGCCCAGCGUACUUAAAAAGUAGAUCCUUGGGCAUAAGCUAAGCACCUUAUUUGCUUAUCAUAGGCUGCUAUUCUGUAGAAAUUUAUGAAGAAUGUUAUUGCCCCAGAAUAUGGGGUGAGAGAGAAUUGCACUUUUUUUAUAUGGUAUUGGUUUUGUUGUAAAGUUUAAAAUAUUUUGUAAAUAUGGGACAUAUAAUACAGGGUAGAAAACUACCUAUUGUGGGAAGCUAGAUUUUGCAAGUUUAAUGCAUUCAUUGGAAGCAGUUCUCACAGGAAGCACUUUCUGAAUAAGACACUUGCAUGAAAAAGCAGAAUGGUAAAUGUAGCCAAAGAAGCUCGAAAUAGAUUAUUUAUGAGAUCAUUUUUAACAAUGUACGUUAGUAUGUUUAACAAUACUGUAAACACUGAAGCAAGCAAGAAAGUAUAAGAAAUGCGUGUAAGAUAUACGUUUUUAAAUUGCAUAAUAGUGUGCCUAAUAAGACUAGAGAAAUGGAAAACUGACUAUUUCGGAAGAUGUUCUAAGUUACGGACUUCAGAAUUUUAAAAAUUGGAGUAAAAGCAAUUGUAUUCUAUCUUUCUGAGGCUUUACAACUCACUAUGAUGUUUAGGUUUGAAAAGCACUUGUCAUCCCUAGCUUGUUAACUUGGGAACUUUUGCACAUUUCAUAUUUCCCAUUUGCUGAAACUGAGUGAUUAAUCUUGCAAAGUCUAGGUAACUUGGUAAUUGGUAUUUUUUUUUUUAUAUUAUGGGCCCUGUAAUGAGAUUUGGCAAUUGGAUUUUUAUUAAUAAAAGGGACAUCUACAGGGUUGUUUUGUAGUGAGCUGUUUUAGAUCUUUUGUUAGCAAACACUAAAUUUUAAUUGUACUGCUUGUUUAGAAUUAUUAGCAAGUGGAAGCCUCCUAUUUAUAUUUCCAGUGCAUAAAGCCACCUUCUUGCUUUACUUCAGAAUAACAUGCCAAGCUAUUUUGUGUUCACUAAAUUUAGCUGUCAAACACUGCAGAAAAUAUUAGCUACUCAAAUAAGUAGGCUUCUGGAAUAGUUUUAACUGCAAGUGUGUUAACUCAUGUGGUGGUUUUAGACUAUUUUUCUAAAUAGAUGGAGUUUUUAAACACCACCUUAUGUACUGAAGCAUGAACAGAAAAAUCAAAAGCUGAGCAGUUCACCUCCUUUAUGUAGGCAUAAACCUCCAUCAUUUUAGCUUUUGUUUUAAGCAGAAAUUAAAUAACAUGCAUAGCAUGGUAAUUUUAUAGAUUGCUUAAUUGGAGUAAAUCUCAGAAUAAUAGAGGGGAAAUAUGGGCUCUUCAGUGCCUUAUUUUUUUUUUCUUUUUUGAAUUGAAGUAGUAGCCUACAGAUGUAGUUUAAACAUUAUCUAAAAUUAGGCUUCUUUAUCCAAAAAUCCCAGUGUGUUGCAGUACCCAGAUAGUUUAAAAUACAUAGCCAUGGGGAAGAGGAGGUAUGUAAAUGUCUUGACAAGGAGUGAAAGUGUGAAAAAUGACAGUAACAAAUAAUGUGUAUGAUGAGGACAUACUUUAAAAGUCUAAUUCCUCUGUACAGUAAAUUACCAAUCUUGAGGGAUUUUUUUUUGUAAUAAGAGAAUUUAUAUUUGUAAUGGUCUAAGAGUUUUGUUUGUAAUAUGGUAUAUAGAAUUUUAAUUUGGAGCACUUAUAUACACAGAGAGACUAUAGCAUCUGAAUUUUCUUGGUUUAGGUUUCAACAUUUUAUCUAGAAUUUUUCCUCUCGAAUAUGACUUAAAUGAACUAUAAAAAGCAACACUCAUCAGCCUUGGGAAAUUUAAAAUUUGAUGAACUUAACUAAAGAAGGAAGGGCAGUAAGAAUUUAAAAAAUACACAUACUUGCCAUUUCACAAAUAAUAAAGUUUAAGGCUUCAAAAAUAAGGGUUUUUGUUGGUUUGUUUCUCUGGUCAGCUUUUGUCAACUAUAAUAGUUAUAUUCACUAACUUUUUUUUGUAUAAUUGGAAGUUUAAGAAAUUAUUACAACUAUUUACUAUAGAAAUAUUUAAAAUGUUCUUUUUUGAUGUAAGCUAUAUACUUGGACAAAAUACAUUGGCAAAAUACAAAUACUUGGACAAAAUACAUCUAAAAUUUGAGGUGUUUCAGACUGCUUUUUGUUUUAAAAAUGGUUUACAUUCAAAUUUUUGAAGUAUUUUAUGCUUCAUAUGGCUAAGUUGUAGUUUGGCAGAGUUAACAGCAUAAGAAUAAACAUGCUGUAAUUUUAAAAGAUGCUUUGAAUAAAAAUUUAUUUUAAUUUACA